GUAUGUAUGUGAAUGGGCGGACAGUAAUGUGAGUGCUCGGCUCCGCGGGACUGUUUUGGAUUGUUCUUCAGUUUAAUAAUAAUAAUAACAGUAAGUGAAGAGGAGCGGAGAGUCAUGUCGGAGGAAAACGAGGACCCGAAAACAGUGGAGACGGCGGUAGAGGAGCAGAAAGAUGUGGAGAAUAAGGUGAUCUACCCGGAGAGGGCAGAGGAGGCCAAACUUAAGGCCAAGUACCCACACCUGAGCGGAAAAGCUGGAGGCUCCGACCUGCUCAGGAAAAGACUGCAGAAGGGGCAGCAAAAGUACUUCGACUCUGGCGACUACAACAUGGCGAAGGCCAAGAUCAAGAACAAGCAGCUGCCGGCGGCGCAGACAGAGAAGGCGGAAAUAACGGGGGACCACAUCCCAACGCCUCAGGACCUGCCCCAGAGGAAACCCUCUCUGGUGGCCAGCAAACUGGCUGGCUGACCUGCCCUGUCCACCAGCGUCUGGCUCUCCGCAAUGCAACAUGCUGCUCUCUCUCUUUCUUUAUUUUACUCAUUGUCUGCCAUGUUUAACACUCCACACUCUCUCAAAACAGAUGUGUAAAAUGAAUACACUGGCGUUUCUGUCUUUGCUGCAUCUGUAGCCUUUGGAGUCUGAACACACUUGUACUAGAUCUCAUUGGGCUGUUACUGUACCAGCCCAAACACAGGAUAGGAUGAUGCUUUUAACACCAUCUGUGUGUUUUAUUAUAUUCAACGCAGGCAGUGUGUUCACAUUUGUAAUACAAAUGUACAUAUAUUAGCUUGAUCUCGUCUGUUUUAAAGUAUGUUAAUCCAGUGAUGAUACAAAUAGUGUAUUUAUUAUCACAUCAGUUUUGAGAGUCCCUCACCCUCUCACUUCAUUUUCUGUUAAUACAGAUUCAUAUUCACUUUUACCUCCAUCUACAAAAUACACUGAAGAUAGACGUAUGCAGGUAGUCGUACCGGACAGGGCGCCGUGGUAUUGCAGUCAAUGGCUUGUGUGUGGGGGUGGUAGGGGGGAUACAAAUGUCUUUAUAAAGAUUUAUAUGUGCAGUAGGUGAUGUAGAUGAAAGUGUACAUAUUUGCUUGUGUUGAGAGGAGAAAAAAAAACAGCAUUUUAGUGAAGUUUUGUUUUUAUUGCACCAUUCCCAAAGCUUACAAAUGACUGGAGCAAUGUGCUUGAAUGAUUGAUUGAUUAAUUGAAUACAACCUCUCAUAAGCUGUUCUGAAUCUGCAUCAUGAGUUUUCGUUUUUCUGUUUGUGAACAUUUCAGCUUUAAGGACCCAAAAUGGACCAUACUGCUGUUGAACGUCCAUUUGAAAGUCAUCUGGCACUGUUUAUGUAAGGCUGCUGUGGACUCGCCACCUUUGUCACCACCAUUUCUGUUAAAAAUGGCCUAAACCAAUCACAAUUCUGGUGUAGAGUUGUCAUCGCUAACCUGAAGGCCAAACCAAAAUUAAGUGGUAAGGAUGGGCGGUAUGGAAACAGUGAAAUAUCAUAAUUUUACAGUUUUACAGAGGCUUGUGAACAAGGGACAGACCAAACAUACCAGCAGCACAGCAGUUUUUAAAAAGGAGAUAAAUCAUGAUUUCUAGCACGUGUUUACAGAAAUAUACAAUAUAAGUGAAAACAAUAGGCAAAGAAAGAAAUAAUUGGUCAACAUGAAUGAAUACAGUAAUGGCAUAAUGAGCUGACCAUUGAACUUCCUAUCACUAUGCAGUUACUAUAGACCGGAUUUUGUUUACAGGCUCUGUAUAGUUGGUCUGAAUUCUAUUCGACUCCAUGCAGUUCUUCUAAUACUACACUCAGUAAAGUGUACUGUGACGUAACUAAUUGCGAGAGUAACGAUGCACCAUCAUAACGCCCACCCCUAACACUCAUGAAAACGAGCUUCACAGCAUGACCCGACCUAAUUUGGAACAAGGCCACAACUGGGGCCAGACCAGUUGUAGAAAAAAUACAUUUCUCACCGAGGUCCUCUUUGUCAAUUUCAUGAAGCACUACACACUAAACCACCUGGGCCAGGGUGCACAUGGGCAUCGACCGCAGUCACUUUUGUGCCAUUUGAUUUGUAAAUAAAAUAGUUUUGCAAACCUG